AUGCUACUACGAUGGCACAGUGUUAUACCUCUCUUUCUUGCUAUGACUGUAGCCUUUCCAAAUACAUAUCGCACUGUUGUUGAAGAUCUUCCUGCUAUUCCUGAAGGAUGGGUUCAGGGGAAUCCCCCAUCCCCCGAAACCUCCGUUCGCAUGAACUUGGCUGUGGGCCAACAGAACACUCGUACAUUUGAGCAAAUAGUUCUCGACAUUUCAACUCCAGGUCAUCGAAACUAUGGCAAGCACUUGUCCAGGAGGGAUCUGAAAGGUCUUCUCCGCCCACGCCGGGAGACUUCGAACUUAAUAUUAUCCUGGCUUGAAAAAUCUGCGUCCCUAAACGGUCAAUUGUGGACGAUGGAGACUGGAUACAUUUUGUCAUUUCAAUUUCCCAAGCUGAAAGGAUGCUUCAAACCCGGUUUUAUCACUUUCAUGACGUACAAGACCCAGGAAUCUCCAUGA